AUGCAUGGAUCCACCUUGACACGCCAUGUUUCAUUGCGUUGCGGAGGACAAGAUUUGCUUCCGCGAAUGAAGGAUUCGACAUACGACGCAAGGGGGAUUUCCGGGAAUGAUCAGGACGAUCUUCAGCAAUGGUCGAUAGCCACCACGGCCUCCGUCACGGUGCUGGCGUUCGUGACGGUUUGCCUCCGACUACUGGCACGUUAUGAAAGGAAGCAAAAGCUAUGGUGGGACGACUACAUGAUCAUAUUCUCCAUGUUAUGGAACCUAGUUGUUGUCGGAUUUAUUUACGCCAUGAUAAAGGAAGGAAUGGGUCUUCAUGCCGACACAAUCCCACUGGGUAACGUCGUCAUGAUUGCGAAGUUCCUAGUUGUGGCCGAGAUUCUCUAUGUAUUCAACCUCGUCUGGACUAAACUCAGCAUUCUGCUCAUGUACUACCGCAUCUUCCGCUUCCCCUACUUCAAGACAUGGGCAUACAUCAUCGGCACCUUCGUCAUCCUCUGGGUCAUCUGUAUCACGUUCCUCUUCAUUUUUAUCUGCGUACCGGUCGAAAAACUAUGGUAUCCCCAAAUCCCAGGCCGAUGCAUCAACCAAGUGGGCACAUGGAUCGCAAACGCCGUGUCAACAAUCGCCACCGACAUCGUCAUUUUACUCCUCCCAAUUCCCCAAGUCUGGAAGCUCCAACUACGACUUUCCGAGAAAAUAGCCGUAUCAAUAGCCUUCAGUCUCGGUUUUUUCGUGGUCUUCGCCUCCGCCUACCGCUUCUCAGUCCUCUUCACCUACUCCGCAACUGACUCCUCCUACACCCUCGCCCCAACAGUAGGCUGGACUGCCAUCGAGAUGUCUGCCGGCAUCGUCUCCGCCUGUCUCCCAACUCUCCGCCCCGCCCUCCGUUAUAUUGCACGCAAACUAGGCAUCCACGGCCGACUUCCCGCUCUUUUCCAGAGUACAACAGGACAGAUGUCCAAAACCUCGAAUCCAGCGACAGGACCUUCCCGGACGGAAGACAGCACCGCUACUAUAAUCCAGCACUCGGAGCGUCCGAAGCGGCAUUCGUUCUACCAUUUACCGGAUGAGACGGACUCAGCGGGUGAACAGGGCCAAUUGGAUACGUCCUUCAGACCAGAUUAUGCGAAGACGUAUACGAAUGUCCUUGGUCCAAGGCUAAGUGGAAGAUUGAGUGGGGAUGAGAUUCCACUGAAUGGAAUCAGGGUGGAUAGGGAGUUUACGCAAACAAGUAAGAGGUAAGAUUUG